CAAGGUUCCCCAGGCGCAAUGGACAUCACCAAAUUCGUUUCAGGGUAUCGGGAAACCGCUUUCCUCCUAGGGGACUAUGCUACCUACAGAGCGCAGCUUUCCAGGCGAUUGCGUAUUGUACGGAAGAAAUUAGGCCGGGCGACACAUAAAAAUGCGAAGUAUUCCGCAAAGGCGCCCGUUACAGCCGAGGAGAUUGCGAAGAACAUUGAGUUCUUGCAUCUGUUACUUCUUACAUCAGAGCGAGCAUGGGCGCACGCGAUGCUCAUGAAAACCGCACACUCGGAAGAUAAUGCAGACAAGAACAUUACUGGCUCGACACGACAGCACAUCAUCUCGCGACUGAACAAGGCCGUCAAAACAGCAGAGGAGAUUGUUACACUAGUUUCUAAUGCAUCAGCCAGCGGAGCAACGGAUAUCGAUAUAUUGGAAGCCAGAGCAUACUAUUAUUCGCUAGCUGGUGCCGAGCAGUUUGAAAAACAGGCAGAGGGCAUUAAAGGCAGCAAUGCUCCCUCUGAUCGCUGGACGGCUUGCUUGAAACAUUACUCUGCUGCUCGGGUCAUCUACAGCGCGCUCCUGAAACAUACGAAGCAAGAUCUUUUCAAAGAAGUUCUUGCGGGCACUACCGAUCCUAGCAUUCGAUACGCCGCAUAUCAACACCGCAUUCCUCGUACUGUCGGCGUUCCCGCCGUUUCGAGAAAGUUUUUCCCCAAAGAUGAUGGUGAUCUGGUCAAAGCUGUCGAGAGUGUGGAUCCUCAGGCACUGCAAGAGGAGGAGGCAAGCCCACAGGGUUCUACAAUCACAUGGCGCAAUCGAAAUGCCAAUAUAGUAGAUGCCGCUAUCGGACAAGCCCUGGUCGCUGUUGACACAGCUUCUCAGAACCUUGAUACCCUCACGGAAUCAGCAUCCCCGAAAGACAAAUCGGCUGCUUACGACGACGUUCUCAUUGCAAGUCAAGAUGCCGUGGAUGCAACAAGACGAGCUAUCGAAGAGUUGGAAAAGGAGGGCGUCGACGAAGGCGACUCGCGGAUGCAGGAUCUCCGCGUAACAAGCCUCGCAGUCAACUACGACUUGAUCGCGUGGCGUGUUGGGCGCAACAGAGUACUCAUCGGCUCCGACGAUGGAAUUUCGUUUUCGAAGGGCGUGCAGCACAAACCACGACGACCGCGUAAAGACGGGAAGGAAUGGAGCGAGCAGGAAGAACCAACUGGUCGCAAGUUGGCUAGGCUCCGGGAGCGUGUUGCGCUGUACGAUGCUAUCCUGCAAAGUAUAGACUCAGUCAAGGAGUUGAGGGGUGCCGUUCGCGAUGCCGGCUUCAUCGCUGAGCUCGAUGGCCAACGUGCAUAUUUCCAGGCCCUGAAGUGCCUGAAUCUCUCACAUUCCCAUGCUUUCUUGGCCGCCCCCAAGCAAGCACUAGCACUCAGCAACCGCGCCCUCACUCUAGCAUCGCAGGCUGUGUCUGCACCGCGACCGGCGCCGACAUCCUCCAAGGCAUCCAAACUCGCAGUGUCCGAGCAACAGGCACAAACCCUGAAGGAGAACCUCACCAAACUGACAUCCCAUUAUCGCGGUGUCGUCGCGCUGGGUCUUGUCUCUGGCACCUCCGACGCCGCAGCCAAAUCCAAAUCCGUCUCCGCACCAGUCGUCGAACGUCUCAACGAGUACCCUGCAUCCGGCACCGUGGACGUCAAUAACCUCGUAUCAUGGCCUCCGAAGCUCAAGCCCGUGCCGGUCAAACCACUCUUCUACGACGUGGCGUGGAAUUUCAUCGAGUACCCCGGUCGCAGCGCUGCGGCACCCGAACCAGAGCCCGAAAAGAUGGAAGUCGACGAGAAGAAGGAGGAGCCACCGAAAGCUGCGAAGAAGGGCUGGUUUGGAUUCGGUCGGUAGAACCGAUAAUUGUCUUCUCAGCCAGACACGUAUUAGAAGAAGCUUAGGUGCCUUGCUUGUGCGUCAAUGGUUCAUACGCCGCGUCGCAGAGGUUUAAAUACAAAUACAUUCUAGAUACGUUGUAGCUUACUCCACGUAGUAGCUUAAAAACAUCUAAUAGCCA